AUUCAUUUCAUCUUACAUUUUAAAUGGAAACAUUGCCGUCGAUGCGCGAUGUUAUGAAAACGUUGACUGAGAAAAUUUUAGCGUAUCAAAAUAAUCUCGAAGCGCUGUUGCCUAACUCAUUACAGAACUCAAAAACAAGAGAGCCGCUCUGUUGCAACCUAUAGGUAACCUAGUCUCAUCAAUAUUUGGUUUAGUGAGUAUGGAUAAAUUUAAAAUAUUGGCUUCUCAUGUCAAAUAUUUGGAAACUUUUGGAAACAAAUCAGCCGUCCGAUUUAACCAAUUUGAGAAUGAAUUGCAUGACUUCAUGGAAUUGUCGGAAAACCGCUCUACUAAUAUGUUCUCUAUGAUAAAUCAGAAUCACGAAUCCAUUAAUCAAUUGUUGAAUUACAUAAAUAAUACGGAUAUUAGGCUACAACUUGAUGAGAUGAAUAUUCGAAGAUUAAAAAUCAGUAUUGAUAAAACUACGGGAUUGAUGACAGCGUACUUUAAAUACCUAAGUCAAGUAAUAUAUAAUUUGAAAUUUGCGGAAUCAUGGUAUCACAGACACGUGCUGGCGAUUAAAAUGGCUAAUACUGGACGUUUAUCGCCGGAUCUCAUUUCGGCUAAUGAUCUAAAGAAAGCGCUGGAUAAG